GCAAGCUCACCGUUCAUGGCGGCGGCGGAGGAGUGUCUCCCGAUUCUCAUCUCGAAGCUGAGCUCGAUCUCGAACGAUACGCUGAUCUUCCAUCUUCUUCUGAUGAAUUAGGUUUGUUCUUUUUCUCUCUUGCUCUCUUGUCAGCUGAAAUUUUUUAUUUUGAAUUUAUUUUGUAUUUGUGGUUUAUCAAUGAGUAAGCAAUGUAUUGAACUGAUUUGUGCUUUGAAUUGAUUAAAAUUGAAUUUUGUGUUAUGUUGUUGAUACUAUAGUUUAUUCCAGUGAAUUUAGUUUGGUAGGGCGUAAAAUGAUGCAACUAUAUGGAAUCAGAAUUAUCAAUUGUUUAUCUAAGAUAAAGCUUGUUAACUAGGUCAUAUUUGGAAAAUUGAAUUUGGUAAACUAUAUAUCAGCUUCAUUCAGAGUGUUUAUGUUGAUCAAAUUAGUGAUUGGAGUGUAGCAAGAUCACAGAUUUGGCUGUGUAAGUCUAUUAUUUAGACAAGGGUGUAGUUUUUGAAAUCAUGAUAAUAUUACUAACUCGAGAGAGAACUCAUUGUGGAUAAGAUCAUGAAAAAGUUGUUUUUGUUUGUGUCUUUUAAGUAUAUUUUUCAGAUGAGAGAGUGGUAUUUGAAAUUAAGAUAAUCUUCGCUUGAGAGAGCACUCACUGUGGAGAAGAUUAGAUUACGAAAGUGUUGCUUGAUUUGUUGUAUAUAAGUAUGAUUCAGAUGAGGAUGGGUUAUAGAAAUUAAAAUAAUGUUGCUCUCUUGAGGAAGCACUCAUUGCAGGCCAAAUCAUGGUUAUGUUGCUCAAUUUGUUGUAUAAGUGCACGGAAUGCUUGCACAAUAUACAAAGGAUUUCUUCUCAACAAAUGGCAAAAUUGUCAAAAAUUAAAUAGCUUGUUUUUGCUCCAAUUUGUGAGCUAGUACCAGAUAGAUUUUUCUUUUGUAAAAUAGUAACUUGAAUAUAUUUUUAUAUUAAAAAUCAGUACCUUGAAUUAAAUUUUUUUAUAUUAAAAACAUUAUCUUAAUGCCACUUUAUGGCCAAAAAGUCAAGUUUCCGGCUAUUGACUUCCGUUUCCUCGCCAAUAUUAUGCGCGUGAUGUACAAUUGCAAGAAAAAAAAGGGCAAUUGAAAGGGUAUUGUAUCUAUGGAGUAACAAUAAGGGUGAGUUUGGGAGGGCUUUUUUGGAAAUCAAGAUGAUGUAACUAGCUUUGUGGAGCACUUAUCUUGUGAGCUCCCAGCUACUAAGAGCGAUCACAUAAAUGAGUUUUUGGAAUCUUUGGAGAGGGCAGUGUAUAUGUAGGGAAUUGAGUUGUUUGGCAUAAAAAUUAGGGAGUGUGCUAAGAAAAUACUUCUAUGGGCAUGGGGCACUGGAUUUUGAUACUUAGUUAAUGAGGUCUGUCUUUGCAUUUAUAGGUUAACUUAAAGAUGAGAAAGUUAUGGAAAUCAAUUUGUAAUGUAACAAGUGUUAGUUACAGGUGCAUGCUAUGUUGCUUUGCUACAUAUUUCCACAUUUGCAGGAAAGAUAUCUUAUCUGCAACUGGUUGAUCUCUUGAAAUGACAAGUAAGAAUGUCCUCCGUCCUCACUCUGCUAGUAACAUCAAAUAGAAAAUGAAGCGGCGAAGACAGAUGCUUCUGGAUAUCAUUUUGUGCCCUUCUCCUAUGGAAACUCUACUGAUUCCAGUGACCAGAAAUAUCUUAAUGUGGCUCCGGACACAUCUGCGUUUCAUCCUCCAUUUACAGUGCCUGAAAGUUUACUACAAAAUCUGGUAAGCUGAUCCCUUUUCAGUUAUACAUCUUACACAUGGCUUCUAUAAGUGUUUUAAGAAGUUGAUGAUUUUUUUUCCUCUUUGGAUAAAUAGCUGAUGUAAACAAAUGGUAUUUGUCUGAUGUGCAUAUGUUAUUCUGAGGCUUACUAUGUCUAAGUUUUCAGAUGCUUGGAGCAGGUGGACUUCUUCUGACCUAAAGUUGCUAUUCAGGGGCACAUUGUUCCCUUUUGAUGUGAUGACAGAUGGGCCAUGCAGGUGGGAUUAGGAUGAUAGAGUUAAUUACUUUACCUGGAAAUUCACAUCAUCAUAGUCGUGUGGAGCAUAUGGAAUGAAAUGUUUCCUCAUAGAAUUUUGAUAUUUUAUCGUUUAAGAUUAUCAAGCUCUACGUGAGAUGCUACUUAUCAAGUUUCCUUGGCUUUUAAUAUUCUUGGUUCUCCACAAGAUUUUAGAUAAAUUUAACAUGUGAGAAUUUCUUCUCUUUAUUAAUGAUAUUUUUGUUUUCCUCUAAUUCUUUUCAGCCUCCUACGGAUAAAGUGCAUCAGAUUAUUGCAAGGACUGCUUUGUUUGUUGGAGAAAAUGGUGGCCAGUCUGAAAUUGUUUUAAGAGUAAAACAGGGAGAUAACCCAACAUUUGGAUUUUUGAUGCCUCACCAUCAUCUACACCCAUACUUCAGAUAUCUCGUUGAUCACCCAGAGCUUCUGAAAGCUGACCAUGAUGGCAAGUCACAGAAGGAGAACACAAAUGAGGAUCGAACUAGUGGAGCGCUUUCUCUCCUGGGUUCAUUCUAUGGUACAGGAGAAGAUGAGGAUGUUGCAGCUGUGCCUAACCAAGAAUCUAAUCAGGUUGACUCUGAUGAGACUACAGCAGUAGCUGUGAUGUCCAAGUCUCAUGCAGUAGAAAAAAUUACCGGUCCUGAAAGCGAGUCUGGAAAGGACGAGAUUGUUUCUAAAGUUGCACAUCCUUCUAAAGUGAAAGUGCCUUCAUCGAGUAAAAAUCGUAGUAGUAGCAUUAAGUCUGUAAAAGCGAAUGCCGUAAAUAGAGAGGCUGGCACUUUAGCUUCUACUGUUUCUAUCAUGGACAAGUCAAAAACUUCAAGUUUGUUUCCAGUUUCUGAAGUUGAAACGCUGCUUGUAGACCCUCCAGCAGAAGUUAAAAGGUUGGUUGAUCGAAUAGUUGAGAUCAUCUUGAAGAAUGGUAGGGACUUUGAGGCAGUGCUUAUAGAGCAGGACAAAAAGCAUGGCAGGUUUCCAUUCUUGGUGCCAUCCAACCAGUAUCACCCGUAUUAUCUAAAGGUUCUGAAGAAAGCUCAAGAGUCCAGAUUAAGUGGUAAGAGUUUUAACACUGAGACAGAAAAGAACACUGCUUCCAGGAAGGACAGUCGUAUCUCAUCAUCCAUGGGAUGUGGAGCUGAUGAUUCAGCGCUUGACUGUGACAAAAAAGAGAAGUUCAAAAUGGUAAUUAGCAAAUCAAAAAAAGAUGCACAUGAUCAUCCAUCCAAAGAGACUCAGCAGCACUCAGGAAUAACUGUGGAUGCAGCAGCAGCAGCAGCUAUACUUCAGGCUGCCACUAGAGGCAUUAAGAAACCUAAUUUGGAUAUAUUCUCCAAAACAUCUUUGAGUGGUGUAAGUCGUGGUUCCAGCAAUGAAGGUGGGCAGGCAUCAAGUUUUGGAAGCCUUCAGUCUUCACAAAAUCAAACUUCAGGCCAAAAGUUAAUAGAAAAUCAGAAGUCCAAUGUUACAAUUCCUGUUGCUAAAGAAAUUGCCAAUACUGCUGCUCGUGCAGCAGCUGGUGAGGCGGACUCAUCUGAAGCUGGGAUGACCAAGGAGCAGAAGUUAAAGGCUGAAAGAUUGAGACGAGCAAAGAUGUUUGCAGCAAUGAUAAAGAGUGGUGUUGCACCAUUGGGUACAGAGCCCCAGGAAGCUUCAUCUGUAAAACCAUCCAGCUCCGAUUUCCCUGGCUCUGCCACUGAGGUAACCAAUGGAGAAGUCAAAGAUAGAGAAGGAAGCUGUGUUCUAGAAGAGGCUGAGACUUCAAAAAGGAUUGAGAUGCCAGUAAGGAAUUGUUCUGACGAUGAAAUUGAAAGGAAAGCAAGAAAAAGCCGCCAUUAUAGGUCUCGAAUACAUGAUGACAGUGAAGGAGAAGAAGAUGAGUACUUGGGGAAGAGUGGGAAUGAUGAAGAAUAUGAUGAUCCAAGGCAUUCUAGGAAGAAGCAUAGGUCACGUAAUUCCUCGAGGCAUCAUAGAGAUAGAAGCAAGGAUACUCACAAACAUCGUAAAAAGCAUUCAUUGUCAAGAAACAGAGAAUCUCAACAUAGACACAACCAUGAUAGCACUUCUUCUCCCUAUGAAGAUGACAGACAUAACAGAUAUAAGUAUGAUAGCUCUUCUGAUGAUGAACACAAGGGCCAUAAGCGCAAGCACAAGCAUGAUAGCUCUUCUGAUGAUGAACACAAGCGCCGUAAGCGGAAGCACAAACAUGAUAGCUCUUCUGAUGAAGAUGAGCACAGACACCGGAAGCACAAGCAUGAUAACUCUUCUGAUGAAGACGAGCACAGACACCGUAAACGUAAGCAAAAACACUACAGAAAAGAAGAAGACACACAUAAAAGGAAAUCUAGGAAGGGUGAGAGAAAAUCUGUAAGGGAGGAAAUUGAAUUGGAAGAAGGUGAGAUAAGAACCAAAUCUUCAGAUCAGUCUUCGUCAGCCAUAGGUGAUGAUGCUAGUACAGAAGCCUCUGUUGAUGUUUCAAAGAUAUCUUACCAAGAUAAGGCUCCAUCUUUACCCCCUCCUGAAACAACAGAAGUUCCUGAUGAGCUAAGAGCCAAAAUUCGGGCAAUGUUGCUAGCCACAAUGUAACUUCUUUUUGUAUUCGAUUUCUGUACCAUGUAACUAUUUUUCUGACAUUUCUGGUUACCAUUGCACAAUGAAAGAUUGUUCUUUCUCAA